AUGAGUCUGUAUACCUCAUACAUCAGCAGCUUCUUUCUUUCUUCCUUCGUUUUGACACGAAAAUCUUCCAGGUAUUGUCUGAGAAUCGCCGACUCCUCCGAAGAGAACGGUUUUCGUCCUGGAGUUGGGGGCCGUGGCCAGCGAGUCUGCAACAAAGGCAUGUCUGGAGUCACAGGAAUGUUCGGUGGGAGUGGGCUCACAAAUUAUCGUCGAGAGGGCAAAGGGGGCAAGGCAGCACAAACAAAUUGCAAAGACCUCAAGGAUUACACGUGCCCGGCAAAGAGCGCCAAUCCUGACAAGCCCUUGACCAUAUUCAGAGAUCAUGUAUCCCGCCUUACGACAACGCACUCGCGGCCAGUCACCUUGUUUAGCUCACUUUUGUCCCUCUCCCUCGCCCCUGGUAUCUUUCUGCCCCUCGCCGCUACUGGUCCUGUUGAAAGGCCAUGUUUCGAAUUGAGUCUGUUUGGUGGUCAAGCAAGAAACGCUCUUGACCCAGGUGGCGCGCCCUUUGCGAGCCGAGUCACGACCUCAUGUAUUUGCUCCUGGCGCAGGUAUUGUCUGAGAAUUGCCGACUCCUCUGAAGAGAACGGUUUUCGUCCUGGAGUUGGGGGCCGUGGCCAGCAAGUCUGCAACAAAGGCAUGUCUGGAGUCACAGGAAUGUUCGGUGGGAGUGGGCUCACAAAUUAUCAUCGAGAGGGCAAAGGGGGCAAGGCAGCACAAACAAAUUGCAAAGACCUCAAGGAUUACACGUGCCCGGCAAAGAGCGCCAAUCCUGACGAGCCCUUGACCAUAUUCAGGGCAUGCCUCUAUCUGUGCAGAGAUCAUGUAUCCUGCCUUACGGCAACGCACUUGCGGCCAGUCACCUUGUUUAGCUCACUUUUGUCCCUCUCCCUCGCCCCUGGUAUCUUUCUGCCCCUCGCCGCUACUGGUCCUGUUGAAAGCAUCUCACUAUGGCUGUGCCCCAAUUGCUGGCAUUGCUCGUCUCAAGGAAAUUUAACCCAAGGUAACAUCCGCUCUCUGCCUACGAAAAUGCUUGGUGAUGCAACCCAAUUGCUGGCUUUGCUCUUAUCUCAAGGUGAAGUUUUCUCGCCUUAUAUUGCAAACAAGCAAACAUGGCUUGAGACAGAUGGGGGAUUUAGAACAUGCCCUCUUGCUUUCCACAACCCAAUCUUCUAUGGAUGGCCUUUGAUGCCGAACCAACGGUGCUGCGCCUCUGCGGAUAAGAACCUCCAAAAACCGUUUGAUGCAAGUUUUCUUCAAUCCAAUCUGACAGGUGCCAUAAUUUUGUUUCACCAUUCAUGUCAGGUCGUAACACAAGUGGGCGCAGGCACACAGCUGGGCGCCGAUGCCAACAACACGGCGCAGAUAUCGUCAGGUCGUAACACAAGUGCCCUGCAUCAAGGAUACCAAUCCAAACGGCCUCCUGGACCUGUAUUCUAUACAGGGAAAUACGAGAAGACAACCAGGGGAUACGUCCAGAAGAUCAAAUACUUUACUCCUGAUUCCCUGUUGCAUGCACCGUCAGCGCCAGCUCAGCAUAGCCAGCAAGCCCAAUUCGAUCACGAUGUAGACACAAUGGUCAUUGAUGAGUUUGCUGUCCCUUUUCACCAGAGAACGUCAGGCAAGAGCCAGAACGAUUAUCUGAGAGAAUGGGUUGCCCGCAGGGACAAGCAUCUUGAGGUAACUCUUGUCACAGAGGCCCCACCUCCUGGGAUGGUCUGUGUAGAUUGCGGCAAAAUGGCAUCCAAGUUCCGAUGCCUCGAUUGUGCCUUGCAGCCUGUAUAUUGUCGCGCCUGUUGCCGCCAGACUCAUAGGAGGCUUCAUACCCAUCGGGUCCAAUACUGGAAUGGCCGCUAUUUCCGUACCGCCGGUCUCUGGGAGACAGGCUUGGUGUUGAAUUUGGGCCAUAAUGGAUCCCCUUGUCCCAACUUUGCGGAGUUCGAGGAACAAGAAAAUGAGAGGCAGGAUGCAAGUUGUGAGGCUGCAGAAGCCGCAGGACCAGCGGCGCCCACCAGCCCUGUUGGCCAAACAUGGGCGGCGCCCGAAACAUGGGCGGUGCCCGCACCCAUCCCAAUUGAUCUUGAUAUUCGAGUUCAAGCAGUGUCUGAUGACCUUCUCGGGGAAGAUGAGUCCAUGGAGGCUGAUGCAGAUGUCGGCGAUGAUGGCGAAGACAUCAAGACUGAACCAUCUGAUCAGGAUGGAGACAAUGCUCCUCAACCUGACACAGAGGAUUCUCUGGGCAACCCCUUUGUGCUUGUCAUUGAAACAAACGGAAUUCACCAUCUUCCUUUGCAUUUAUGCACCUGUCCAGGAGCUGCGCCCACCGAUGAGCAGCUGUUGACUUCACAGUUAUUUCCAACAAGCUUUCAAAAUGUUAAAACACUGUUCACUUUCAAGGUACUGGAUGAUUUUCGGUUGUCCAAUCUUACCUGCAAAACUUCCGCAUAUCAAUACUAUCUCAAGCUGCGGCGCCUGACUUCUCCGGCUUUCCCCAAGUCGGUUCCGGUACACAUUGCUUUGGUUGAUAUACUUGAAUGUUGUCUCACCCAUCACCCCAGGACAGGUAUCGCGAAUUCAGAAGAAAUGCCAAAGGCUGGAGAGAUGGCAUAUGGUUGUGCAUCUUGCGCCCAGCCAGGUGUUAACUUGCCAAUGAACUGGAAAGAGGACCCACAUCCCGAGGUCUUCACACGAUUUCUUUGUGUUGAUGGUAACUUCUCAGCUGAUCACCUGAAGCAACGAAAUGCCAUGGACGAUGUAUGGCUGACCAGUGGGGAAGGAAUGAUGACAGAGAAGGAGGCUUACAAGAAGUACCUGGCGCAGCCCACUGUUACUCACCAGGUCAAAUCAACAUGCAGCAACCACCAGGCCAUCAACAAUGCAAGUCAGAAUCACGCAGGCUGUGAUGCAACUGGCAUUGCGGCAUUUGCCUGCCCCCGAUCAGGCGCCUUCAUUCCAGGCAGCGUUGUUGACUUUCAGAAGGGCGAGCGCCAGCUGAACAUCAACUAUGCUCUUUGUGAGGCGCUGAAGAACAUGGGACUGAAUGGUUUGGACGAUAUCAUGAUCAUAUAUGACGUGAUGUGUCAGUAUCAUGUUAAUCUCUGGGACAGGAUUGCUAACAAUCCAAAUCUUUCCAUCUCUGAGAAGGCUAAUUUGAUCAUGGGAAUUGGUUUAUUUCAUGUCCAUGGUCAUCAGGAUGAGUGCCUCUUCUGGUUGGCGACGUCAUUUAUUCCCGGAGCUGGAAUGGUAGAUGGGGAAAUAUUGGAAAGCCUUUGGGCGCAGCUCAAUGAUAUCUCGAGGAGUACCCGCACGGCCACCCUCGCCCAUUGGGCCAAGGUCUUGGACGACCAUAUGAAUGACAGCAACUGGAAUAAAAUGGUCAACAUUGUCUCCUCAGUCAUUGCCAAGUACAGGAAGGCUGUCGUUGGUCUGGUGGACAGCAAAGACUACUUUGACCAACUGAAUAGUUCGGCAGGCGAACACAACCACACAUGGCAGGCAGAGAUUCGUGCGGCUGAGAGCGAUCGGGCACAAGGAAAUUUGAAGGCGAUGGAUAUUAUGGCGCCAAGAAAUCCACCCAAUUGUCCAGCCCCCCUCACCACCGCUCAAGUCCAAUUAAAGCUGAUGGACCAGGAGCGCCUUUCGAUGGGCAGUACAGGUCAAACAUCUUGGAUUGCAACAGGACUCAAAAUUGAGGAGACACAGAUUGAACUAAGGUUUCUCAUUCGGCGUACUGGAAAAAAACCAACUAUCCUGCAGAAAGUUGACAUUGCUAAGAGGAGGGAAAGGUUAAGAGUGAGAAUCGAUGCUUUCAACAAGAUGGGAAUGACCUUUUUAGCAUGGAACCCAGCAUUAAAUGAAAAUCAGCUGUUGCUUCGUGAAGAGUUUGAUAUGGACGAUGUUCUGCAGAUGGACGAUGAUCUGGCCAAGUCAAAUUUCAGUGGCAGCGCGCCUGAUAUCAUGGUGGUCACCGCCACAAAGGUUGCACAAGCCCAGGCAGCGGCGCUUGCUGCGGCUGAAGCUGUUGAACAUGUGAAACUAGCCUUGCCGUCAGCCAUGGGAGAAGAGCACCUUCAGGCUCAUGGAUUACAACAUUUUUUGUCCAAAGAAUAUCAGUUGCGCCAAGGGCAAGUGAACGAUGCUCUUCAAGGCGUCCGAGUGUCACUGGCGAAUUUGUCUUUUGAAUAUGGAAGAAAGCUUCGAAAAAUCAAAAAAAGUAAAGUCAAGAAAACAAGGGCAUGGGCGACGGUGCACGCUGUUGGGCAAACGCUUCAUCAUCAUCGCCAGAUUUACUCCUAUGCCAUCGAUGCCAUUUCAAGAUUGGGCGACCCAGAGAAGAAGAUAGGGCGCCAGUAUAAACCGCUCUUGAAGGAGGACAUGAAGGCAAAUACUGCGGUAGCAGACCCGAAUGCGCGAGGGCAAAGUAGGGCAAAGCCAGCCUGGUUUUGGAGUUCCAACUUGGCAGGCGAUAUGCAGGACAACGAACGGAUGGUAGAGUGUAAAGCAUCCCUAUACCCUCCUCAGUAG